CCCCGGCUCGGCUCGCACCCGCGCGCAACAGGCCGAGCCCGGUUUGCGGCUCCUUGCAGCGUUGUGCUGAAGACAAUGCCGAAGAAAGCGAAGCCUGCAGCAAAUGGGCAGGAAGAGGGGCCUGUUCCCUGUAAGCAGGUGAAGGUGGAGGUGGCCGGGGGGCCUUCCCCUUUGAACUUUGACAGCCCCAGUGGCCUCUUUGAAAGUUUAAUCUCUCCUGUCAAGGCAGAGACUUUUUUCCAGGAAUUCUGGGAGCAGAAGCCCCUUCUCAUCCAGAGAGAUGACCUAGCGCUGGCCACAUAUUACCAGUCCCUGUUCAGGCUCUCAGACCUGAAGAGCCUGUGCCGCCAGGGUGUGUACUACGGGAGGGACGUCAACGUCUGCCGCUGUGUCAGUGGAAAGAAAAAGGUUUUAAAUAAAGAUGGCAAAGUGCACUUCCUUCAGCUGAGAAAAGACUUCGACCAGAAAAGGGCAACAAUUCAGUUUCACCAACCUCAGAGAUUCAAGGAUGAGCUUUGGAGGAUCCAGGAGAAGCUGGAAUGCUACUUUGGCUCCUUGGUUGGCUCAAAUGUGUACAUGACGCCUGCAGGAGCUCAAGGCCUGCCGCCCCAUUAUGAUGAUGUCGAGGUCUUCAUCCUGCAGCUGGAGGGAGAGAAGCACUGGCACCUGUACCGCCCGAUGGUGCCCCUGGCGCGGGAGUACAGCGUGGAGGCCGAGGACAGGAUCGGGAGGCCGGCACAGGAGUUUACGCUGAAGCCGGGAGACCUGCUGUACUUCCCCAGGGGGACCAUUCAUCAGGCAGACACUCCCCCGGGGCUGGCGCACUCCACUCACGUGACCAUCAGCACCUACCAGGGCAGUUCAUGGGGAGAUUUCCUUUUGGACACCAUUUCGGGGCUCGUGUUUGAUACCGCGAAGGCCGACGUGGAGUUACGGGCCGGCAUCCCUCGGCAGCUGCUCCUGCAGGUGGAAACCACAGCUACUGCAACAAGAAGAUUAAGCGGCUUUCUGAGGAUGCUUGCAGACCGGUUGGAGGGCACCGAAGAACUGCUUUCAGCAGACAUGAAGAAGGAUUUUGCCAUGAACAGACUUCCGCCUUACUACGUGGGAGACGGAGCAGAGCUUUCAACACCAGGUGGAGCUGAUUGUCUUCUUCGAGGUGGACAGUUACCAAGGUUGGACAGCACAGUGAGACUGCAGUUUAGAGACCACGUUGUCCUCACUGUAGGACCGGAUCCGGAUCCAUCUGAUGAAACUAGAGAAAAGGUCAUUUACAUCUAUCAUUCCUUAAAGAAUAAAAGAGAGACACACAUGAUGGGAAGUGAGGAAACAGAGUCUCAUGGACUUCGCUUUCCUUUAUCGCACUUGGAUGCACUGAAGCAAAUUUGGAGCAGUUCAGCUGUUUCUGUCAAGGACCUGAAACUUACUACGGAUGAGGAAAAGCACAGCCUGGCGAAGAAAAAUUUGAUCUUUUACGUGGGUGACAGAGUCUUUAUACCGUGAGGGCAGAUCAGGGAGGUCUCUGCUCAGGGACAGGACUUCUUUUACUGAGGAGGGGGUUUGGAAUGUAAAAUGAAUAUUCAAGGACACAGAACACUGGGUUUCAGCACAGGCCCACCUUUAACGUCAAGGACAAGUUGAUCACUGAGGUAGGAGCUGAUGGUUCCAUUUUUGUUCAGUCUCCACUUCUGCCUCAACUGCCCGUGUUCAGUCCAUAGGGCGACUUUAGCUCCAGGUGUGUCCCGACCACCGAUCACAUCAAGACAUGUGUUAUUGGCCUAAAAGGGUCAAGAAAUAAAUGGGCAGAACUGUGUUGUUUGCUACAAUCAGUUGGAUUGGGUCCCUCUUCUUUCAUGUGAACAAAUCAGACAUUCCAUGUCUGUCUUAUCUUAAAAAAACUAUACAGCAUAAUUAUAAUCUCAGUCAACUUUUUGAGUCUUUAUGGCUGAAGGGAGAUGGUAUGGAAUUAAUCUAUAGAACUAGAGGUACUUGUUUUUAAAAGGACAUCUGGAUCUGACAACAGAUGGUCAAGAAAAGUUUUGUUGAAUUAGAAUUAAAUGUUGAGUCCCUGUUAGCUUAUAUGUAUAUGGUCGAGCCUGUUUUCCUGACAAAAACAUCAGGUGAUGUGCUAGAUACUCAGACAAUAUCUACUUUUUUCUCAUGCUUCAACAAAAAUGAAAAGCACUUAAAAGAAGUAAUUUACUGGUGAUACAGUAAAACUGGUGUUCCAUUCCCCACAGCAUCAAAACUCAGUGGAAGGGUUGCACAAAAACAGACCUAAAUUUUAUUUUCUAAGCUUUCUUCAGAAACAGCAGCUUGCUGCUUCUAUCACUGUAUAUUUUGACAAUGAGAAGGCCUUACCAUAUCUGGAAUCACAAAGACGGCCGAUUUUAUGGGCCACAGAGUGUGAGGAAUGUCUCACAGAAGCACAGUGUCCAACUGGGUAGUGUCUUUUCUGAUUGGUUUAAAAAAAUCAUUGAGGAAUAUCCACAGUAUAUUAUAAUCUUGCUUUGUACUUUAAAAUGGAGAAACUUUUGAUGUAGAAAAUCUGGUUUCUGAGUCCAUUUCACUUAAAUGCUUCAGUAACAUGUGUCAGUGUUAUAAUUAUGCAACAGACUGUUUACAGGAAGUCGCGUUACCUUAUGAUGCCUUUUGAUUAGGCAAGAUUCUGGUUUCCAACAGAAAAAAAUCCAAAGACCACAGAGUGGGGAACAGCGUCUGUGGGGCUGGUUACCUUGGAUUUAAAGAGUCCUCGGCAGUAGUGCCAGAUCUGAGUGUUCUUCCCACUGUAUGGAGACAAGCACACAGAGGUCGCCCGUGUGUCAGCCACGUUCCCGGUGACGGUCAGGUACUCAUCCUGGGCUCGGUUCUUUAUCCUAAUGUACACUGCAGGCUGUGGCGGGAGAAACAGAGCCAUUUAGGAAAAAAAAACCUUUGAAUCUGGAAGUCAGUCCUUCCAAAGGAAAGCUUGGAAGGGAAGUGAGAGGUGAUGGAAUUUAGCUGAUUUAUCAGUUUCACCCUUUAAGGAAAUAUGUCUAAAUUAAUAUUUUCUAUGGACAAAGCCUUAGCCCACUGAGCACACAGCUUAAAUUGAACAAUCUCUAGUGUAUUUUUCUGAAGUAUGCUGUUUUGGAAGCGUAAAAGGUGGUCAUUUCAUUCACUAGGACUCCAUUAUGGGCAAGGCAGUGGUGCAGAAUUAGGGACUUGACGUGUCUUGUUUGGGAUGCUGGGCUGGGAGCGGCAGGGGAGUAGGAAUAAGGGCAAGGUGCUACCUACCUGUGUCUAACAACAACUCAGUAGAGACAGGACAAUAAUCAGACAUACUGGCUUGAGCUGCGAUUAAGUGCCAACUGACCGCUGUGGGUGGUGCUAAAAAACCCAGACGCUGAGGGCCCAUGUAGCUCUGGUAAUCUCUCUCUGUUUACAUUUAGACUUUGUUGACUUUUAUACUUCAAGGGAAGAACUCAGUCACAAGGGACUUCAUCUCCUGGGCUUGGAAUAUAUACAGGAAGUUUUCAAAUAAAAUGUUAAAUCUA